UUCCGAUUCCGAUCGCGAUGAAGUUGGUGAUACCGCUGUUUGCAGUGCUUUUGGUGGCGACUUCGGUCGCCCUAGCGGAGAAAGCGCGCUUUGACAACUACCGGUUGUACCGGAUACAGAUUGACAGUGUGCAAGAUUUGGAAGUGCUUCAAGCGAUCGAGCAACUUAGAGAGGGAUACACGUUCUGGGCGGAACCAGUGCAGCUGAACAGUCACGCGGAUUUGGUUGUCCCACCGCACAAGUUUGCCGAGUUUGGAGAAUUGGUCGAACGGCAUGGACUACGAGCGGAGCUGACCGUGACGGACUUGCAGAAGCUGUUCAAUGAUGAGCAAAGAAAGUCUAAGCGAGAAGGCUUCGGCUGGGAUGCGUAUCACCAUUUGGAAGAGAUCUACGCGUGGCUCGACGAAUUGCUGGGUCAAUACCCGGAUGUUCUAACACCAAUCACCGCAGGAAACUCCUACGAAGGUCGUCCAAUCCGCGGCGUCAAGGUGUCCUACAAGGCCGGCAAUGCUGGUGUCAUCAUGGAGGGAACGAUUCACUCGCGGGAAUGGAUCAGCUGUGCUACGGUCACGUGGAUCCUGAACCAACUGCUGACUUCCACCGAUAUGCAAAUCCGCAACAUUGCCGAAAACUACGACUGGCACUUCUUCCCCGUGGCCAAUCCGGAUGGCUACGUGUACACGCACACGACGAACCGCGCCUGGAGAAAGACCCGUAAGCCGCACAACAUUCUGUGCGUUGGCGCCGAUCCUAACCGGAACUGGGACUACAAGUUCAUGCAGGGCGGAGCUUCGAGCAAUCCCUGCACGGAUACCUUCGCUGGACCGGAACCGUUCUCCGAGGACGAAACUCGGGGUCUUUCGCAGUACAUCACUUCGGUGGCCUCGACCGUCAGCACCUAUCUGGACUUCCACGCUUACUCGCAGCUGUUGAUGCUUCCGUACGGUCACACUCCAGAACACCUUGACAAUUAUGAUGAAAUGCUGGAAGUGGCCAAAAAGGCAGCUGAUAAGCUGAAGGAACGCUACGGAACGGAGUACAAAGUGGGCAACAUUGCCGAAAUCAUUUAUAUCGCGUCCGGUAGCAGUUUGGAUUGGGUGAAGGGAAAUUACCAAACUCCGAUUGCAUUUGCUUACGAGUUGCGUGAUACUGGACGGUACGGAUUUGUGCUGCCACCGGAACAGAUCGUGCCUACUGCGGAAGAAACCCUGGACUCGGUUAUCGUUAUCCUGGAGGAAGGUGAACGACUGGGACUGCACCAGCCGUUUGCGGAAGCUGCUGCCAAGCAAGUGGCUAAUCGGUUGGAGUGAUUAG